AUGGCCUCCAACCUCGCCAUCGCAGCCGGGAUCCUCCUCACCGCAGCCAUCGCAGCCCUGAGCUACCAAUUUCUAAACAAAGGCGCCAAAAAAGUCCUCGACCCCAACAACUUCCAGACCUUCCCCAUCUCCGAGAAGACAGUCACCUCCCACAACACCGCCAUCUACCGCUUCGCACUCCCGACGCCCAACUCCAUCCUCGGCCUCCCCAUCGGCCAGCACAUCUCCCUCGCUGCGACCCUCGAUGUCAAGGACUCCAAGACCGGCGCCACAGAGCGCAAAGAAGUCGUGCGCUCUUACACGCCCAUCAGCAGCGAUGUGAACCCAGGCUACUUCGACCUCAUGAUCAAGAGCUACCCGACUGGCAACAUCAGCCGGCAUCUCGCAACAUUGAAGGUUGGGGACGUGAUGAAAGUGAAAGGACCCAAGGGCGCAAUGGUGUAUACGCCGAACAUGGUGCGCAGCUUUGGCAUGAUUGCUGGAGGGACGGGUAUCACGCCCAUGCUGCAGAUUGUCAGGGCAAUUCUGAGGGGGAGGAAGACCGGUGAUAAGACCGAGAUUAAUUUGAUCUUUGCGAAUGUGAAUGAGGAGGAUAUUCUGCUGAGGGAGGAUCUGGAGAAGCUGUCGAAGGAGGAUGAGAAGUUCCAUCUACAUUAUGUGCUGAACAACCCGCCGGAGGGGUGGACGGGGAGUGUCGGGUUUGUAACGGGGGAUAUUAUCAAGGCACAUCUCCCAGCUCCAGCGAACGACAUGAAGAUUCUCAUCUGCGGUCCGCCACCCAUGGUGAGCGCGAUCAAGAAAGCCACGGAGUCGCUGGGCUACCAAAAGGCCAGGCCAGUGAGCAAGCUGGACGACCAGGUCUUCGCCUUCUAG